AUGGCUCGUCAACUUGACAUGAAGCACCUAGACGACGGCGAUGAGGAGGACAAGCACGAGGAGGAGGAGACGGGAACUCAGAACCCGAUGAGUGACUUGCACUGGGACGAAGAUAACCGUGAAAAGUUGACAGCACUCAUAUACGAGAAGAACAUCGGACACUUUCAAAACAUUGCGUCUGGCGAACAGUGGCAAGAAAAGGAGAUAAAUGACUUUGUGGCGUUUCGAAUUUACAUGGUGGAAUUUGUGCCGAAUGCUGUGCAGCCCCUCCAGGAACACCGUUAG